AGCUUUUCCAUUAAAAAAAAAAUCCCCUCACAUUGUCUCAUCUUCGGGGCUGGUAACUUUACCGAGAAGCAUAAAAUGGCGCAGCAGUUUGUUCAGGCGAAAAUUAAAGGGGACAAAGUGGUGGUGUUUCUGAAGCCCACCUGUCCUUACUGUAUCAUGGCUCAAGACGUUUUGUCGAAAUACAAGUUCAAGCCGGGACAUUUUGAGUGCGUUGAUAUCAGUGACCGCAGCGAUAUGGGCAGUAUGCAAGACUAUUUCCUGGAGCUUACAGGAGCCCGCACGGUCCCACGAGUGUUCAUCGGUGAGGAGUGCAUUGGUGGUGGCAGUGAUGUGGCAGCCCUCCAGAAGAGUGGCAAACUGGAGGGAAUGUUGAAAUCUAUUGGGGCCCUGCAGUGAUUCAUCUCAGAUCUCCAGGUAUGAAGGCUUUGGCGUCCAGGUUUGGUCACAUGACAAUGCAGCGGGACUUGCGGAGUUUGCGCCGUCGCUGCUGGUACUCGCUGAGCUCCUGCAGGUAGCCUCUGGAUGGCCAGCGUAGCCUCUCCACCUGCUCACGCUCCUCAUCUGGACCACAUAUAAACACAGACAUAUUAUUCUAAUCUGUACCCAAAAUUGCAUGUUUUGUUGUCUCCUUCUUGUAAUCUUUUUAUCUCACUUUUGCCCUUUAUUACCCGUCCAAUGACCUUAAAUGAGCCUUAUGUGUGCAUGGCAUAUGAUGACAAUAAAGAAAGUGUACUGCUACACCAUGUCACUGUUAA